AUGCUUUUGCAAUGGUGUACUCUUGAACCCUCUGAGAAGGGUGGCUUGGCUGCGAUCCGCUUCUCGUCCCCAGUCCGCGUACAAUCCAUUCGCAUCUUCCCUUUGGGCGCGAAACCCUUCGCACAAUGUCCGGAUACUGUCAGCCGGACGGAACCUGAAGCCUUCUUCCUGGAUGUGUACUUCAACGCACAACCCAUUACCACCCCAGAUGCGAAGGAGAGGCCUAAACAUUCAAACGCGCUUGUUCCGACCUCUAUUGCUUAUGCGGGUGGCCAGAGAGACUUUGCCGUGGAUAUGGGCUCUGAACAUGCAACACGUCUCAUGAUAGUCAAGGGCGAGUUUGAGGCUGUUUCGCUGGCAAUAUACGGAGAAGUUGUGACGGAGGCUUUGGCGACCCCCUCUACAUACGCGCCACGACCUCUCCCUUCGAUCACUCCAGCCGGGCUACCCCCGGCUCUUGACCCUGCGAACACUCGCGACCCGACGCAGCUGGCUCGCCAGCUUUUGAAGCUGAUACCUAACGCCCCUGACUUGGAGCUUGUUAUACGUCUCAUCUUCUGCCUGAAGCCUUCUAACGAGGACUGGGACUUGCCGGACUUUCCGUAUCUACACCCCGACUUGGAUGACUUAGAUGCGGAUGCUGAAUUGGAGAAAGUCGUUAAACUAACGACGCGUCCUGUCCCGGACGACAUAUCUUCUGAGCACGUGGCCCGCUUUACCGAGAAGGUCGCACAGUGCGUCAAUCCAAAGGAUCUCAACCAGGCGUAUCACGUAGCCAGCAUUCUCUAUAACGCUGCCUCCCAACAUCCUAGCUUGGCGCAGAAGCUCCUGGACGCGAUUGAACUUGAGAAAGUCUUUGACUCGUCAACCAUCGACGACGAGACUACCAUGCUUAGGUUGUUGCACGCAGCUUCAAACGUGGACAUCGCGAGAAAACUGGGCGCUUCAUGGUUUCGCGAUCUACUCACUCCGUUCACAAGCGAACUCAACGCGGACCGAGAUAUGCGUACCAACGCCAAGCGGCUUCUUGCAAGGACACAGGGUUGGACCGUACUUGAAGACGCAUUCUCCAACACACAAGGCGAUUACAUCGCCGCAGCUGACAUGCUCAAGGACAUCGCGGUGGAAGAGCAGUCGUUCGGUAUAUGGCUCGAGUCAGCAAUCGCACAUGGGAAUGUUGCAUCAAGCCUCGCGGAGAACCCUGUGUUAUCUGUAGCCCUACCGCGACUGUUCUCGCACCGGCCAACAGACGCAUCUCCCUCCCAAGACGAGUUCGUGGCGUUUGUGAGGGCAUAUAUUGGCGUGGCCUGUGUUCUCGCGGUAUAUGCAUGGUCGGACAGCCUACCCGAUGAACGUUGCCGGGCACGGGUACUAGGCAUACUGCGUUUGUGGCAGGGAGUAGAUGGGUACCGAGAGAUCGUCAAUCACUUGCUCCUGCUGCGGCAGAUGACAUUCCGUUUGGAGUGCAUGACCGACCUCGACCUCCCCACUCAAUCCGGCAUCGACGCGGAACACAUCCUCGUAGACCUGGCCAAGACUCCUGCAGCUAUCCUCCGACCCAACUUCCUCAAAUGCAUCCUCAACAUCGGGACUGCCACGUUGUUCAUCACAGACGAAGAACGGUCCUCCAUGCGUCAGGCUGCCUUCGUUGUGGAUGACGGGUUCGGAGGUGCGGUGGAUGAGUUAAUGGGUCCAGUCGACCGUCCGCCAACGUUCGGUAGCCUGCGGACAAUCCGAGUGGCGUUGGCCAUGAUGAACCGAGAGCUGGACGAGGACGACGAGGCACACGUACUCGACGAUUUCUGGGAAGAAGCAAAGUGCAGCCUCACGACCUGUCUGAGCGACCUGCUCGCUCCUGUCGUCGAGGAGAUCAGGAACCAAUUCUCCCUGAGCCAGCGGCCACCUCCCCACAUGGGCCAAGACGUCGUCGCACAGCUGUUCUGGGCAGCCGACGACAUCCUGCGAACAUUCCUCCGACUGGUAUCCACCCAUCCCCUCCCCUCUCGCAUGCUCCGUGCGCUGGCAACCAACGUAGCGGACGUCUUCGCGUGCACGGACGCGGCCGACAUGCGUUACUCACAGUCCGGCCAACCAUCGCUCGCUGCUCAAGAGACGAGACAGUCCUGUAUUGAUCUCAUCCGUGCCCUCGGUAGCCAGCCCCCCGUCGCUUCAGGAGCAAAACCCGGUGCCCAGAUCGUUCUCCGCGACCUGCUAGAACACGGUCUUCACAGCAACGGCCUCGACCCGACACACCACCUCCUGCAAGUCUUCUGCCUCAUCGACUUCCUUCUGCCCUCCGAAGACUGCGCAGACGGUCAGCGCUCACUCUGGGUGCAGACCGUCUUCCCCACCGUCCUCAAGGAGCUGUGGACGUUCUGCCACGCGCUCGACACGGAGAACAAGGUGCACUUCAUCCGCCGACUGUCCGCGCUCGACCAGGAGGUGAUUGGGGUCGGGGAGUGGCUGCUCCUCGAGGAAGUCAAGGACGUCUCGCGUGCGGUCCAGACACUCCAGGACGGCGACCUGUCUGACCCGAAGCGGCGCAUCGUCCAGAACCAGAUCUCGCUCUUCUUCCGGUUCUUCUCAGACCUCCUCCAGAGCUCGUCGGGACGGUGGUGUGUCGAUAGCCUCGCCGCCACGGAAGAGGCGCCACACCUGCUCGCCUCGGCGCUCUAUACGAUGUUCGACCUCCACUUGGUACCCCCAUAUCUUGGCGAGGUUCUGGACACCCUGGCAGCGGGGUACGAUGUCUUCGACAACGAACUGCGCUGGGCGAUGGUCAUCGGGUUGUGGCGAUCACUGCAAACCCCCGACGUAUCCUCCAGCCGACUCGAGGGGCGUAUAGGCAGCUCCGUGAAGGUGGUCGCGACCAUCACACCAUCCUACCUGGAGCCGUUAAAACUCACCGCCGAGGUCGGAUGGCUCGUACAACGCCUGUCACAAUACUCCGACACCGUGGACGAGAACGUCGCCCAGUCCGUGGUUUCGCUCUUCGAAUGGCUCUCUCAAUCCGCAGUGUCUAUUCCGAAGAUGGCCGACCUCCAUACCAUCGCAUCCGACCAGUUUGGAACGUUCCGGGACCGCCUCAAGGACGCGCUUUCCGGCGAAUGGAAGGAACGCCUCGACGCCGCCUGCUGUCAACUCGUACCUGGAGCGGCCAACGUCGCCCCGCAAGACCCGACCGGCCUCCCCGAAAGUGCCGACCUCUCGAUCCACGACAUCGAAGAGCUCCUCCGGCAAACCAUUCCCGUGCCCUCAACGCCCCCGCGGCGGCCGCUAAACCAAGACGUGCUCGGGCUCGUGACGGUCUCGCCCGCCGCGCUCCUGCGCUCGCCCGCCGUGACGGGCCUGACGAAGACGUACCUGAACAACGACUUCCGGCAGCUGCGCCAGUCGUCCGCGCGCGCGAACACAAGCAGACUCCCGAGUAUGCAUGUGGACGUAGGUGUCGCGCUGGCCGCCUGA